CUAUUUUCUGAGGCAGAAAAAAAAACGAGAGGGUGCCCGAGUAAAAAAAAAAAGAUAAAAUAAACUCGACGAUUCCUGCUCCUUUACGUUUUCUCUUUCAGUUCCUUGAUUUAUGAGUGCACCAAAAAUCUUUCUGUGAUAUCGAUAAUAAAUAAUUAUCUCCAAGACGUCAUACCUAUCUUCACAUUUCACGUCUGUAUACAAUACCCGGAUUUCACAAAGAAACCCAUUCAGUCCCACGUCACUGCUAUAAAUAUCGAUAUAUGCACCGAUCUUCCUCAUUCUUGCGAUAAUGGGAAAUCAUCAUUCACGACUUGAACAUCGCAGUGCAAGCACUGUUAGCCACGUCGACCCCGUACUAAAACAGCUCGAACCAUGGCAACUAUCCGAAGAUAAUCGAUAUCGCCGGCAGUAUCCUUUACCGACAGUCAGUCAGGCGUCUCAUGGAGGCAAUCGGAUCAAAAUGCGUAAGCAAUCCACCCCAUCGCCCGUCACACCUCACAUUAGAAAGCCAUUAGCCCGGUUUCUCCCUUUUCGCUCCUACUCACGCUCUAAUUCCGCCACAAGCACCGUGUCCGACGGCAUGGUCCCUGUCUCUUCGGAUCCACCACUCACCAGUCAACAUCACUCCUCUUUUCCUCAGACCUCCGUGCACCCACUCGUCUCGGUGUCACGCACCCACAACAAUCGAAUAAGCUUGUGCCUUCAGAGCCCUUCUUCAUCAGCCCUCGACGCCACCGAUUACUGUGAAACGUUCCAGCAGCAUCCGCAAUGUCCGCCUCCCGAAAAUACAGAUCAAGCGGUGCAUCCCACCGACAACAAUGAAUACGUCUGGAUUUCCGGACGCAAGUUUCAUAAUACGCCAGGCUCAGCUUAUCUGUUACCAUGUGAUGAGGAAGAAAUUGAUCGAUUGCAUUUGCAACAUUUCAUGGUCCGCUUUGCUAUUCAAGGGAAUUAUUUGGCUCCCGUGAGCGACGUGCUACGGAAAGGCGGACGCGUUCUCGACGUAGGAUGUGGUCCUGGAUCUUGGACAAUGGAAAUCGCUGGCGAAUAUCCUCGAUCCCAGAUCGUCGGUAUUGACAUUACCCAAAUGUUUCCACGUGAUAUCAAACCAGCCAAUUGCAUCUUCCGCCAAUGCAAUGUCCUUACGGGCCUUCCAUUUGAGGAAUGUACCUUUGAUUACGUCUUCAUGCGGUUUAUAUCAAAGGGUGUUGAAGUCGAUCAAUGGGGACCCUUAAUUGCUGAAUUGGUACGCGUUCUAAAACCAGGGGGAUGGAUCGAACUAGUGGAAGGUGAUACCGAGCUACAUCGUGCAGGCCCGAUGACGCGCCAACAUCAUGAACGAUUGAUUGAACUGGUGGAAUCCCGGUGCCUUGAUCCGAACGCAGGCCGUCGAUUAGGCGAACGGCUGCGAAAUCAUGGCGGCCUGUCCAACAUUGCUACGACAUUCAUCUCGUGCCCCGGAGGAUUAUGGGCCGGCAAACUUGGACAAUUGACAUUGCAAUCAUGGAAAGCUUAUAAUUCAGCACUACGACCUCAGAUCUGUCUGUCCGAAGGCAUCACCACCGAACAAUACGACGAACGGUUGCAACAGUGCUGGAAAGAGGCCGAUGAAUACAAAACGUUUGAAAACGUUCACUUUGCCUAUGCUCAAAAGAAAUCGCCGGUUUCAUCGAAAUAAUGGGACAACACCUUCUUUUUUCCUUUUGCUGCACACGCUCCAGCUCUGCUCGAACGUACAAACCGACUCUUUUUCUCUCGCCAUACUUUGUACAUCGCUUUCUAUACUUGCCGUACUGCCAUCCUUUGUUUACUUUCUCAUUCGGUCCUUUCAGUGGCUGAUUCUGUUGUAAUUCCUUAUAUUAUUUACUACGCACACAUUCUUACUGCACGCAGAACCUCGACACAACCGCGCGUACGAAUCAAUCCGCAACCUCGCAACACAUAUUCCACGCGAGCAGCCAAGAUUUCCCGUAUGCCUUUCUUCUAAUAUAGUUCCUCCCUUUUAGUUAAUCCUACCAAGUAGCACACGUCGAUAUGAUCUGAACUUAAUACUUGCCCUGUUGCUGGUCGACCGUCCUCAACAGAUCUUUUGCCAGACAUAUCCUAAUGAACGGUAUACUUCCUAUCA